AUGUCGGCCACGCAGCCGGUGAGCGAGGUGUUGAUCCGGCGGGUGACAGCGGACAACCUCGCCGUCGAGAUGCUGACCAUCCGCUCCCACCUGCCCUACUUCCCUUACAUCACCAUCCACGCCGACUACCCCGUCGACAACGCCGCGGCGCGCCACGGGAGGCGCCGCCGCCGCCGCCGUGGCGGUGGACGCGGCAACAAGAGGGAGAGCGAGGCCGACGAGCGGUGCUACAGGCUCGCCAAGUCCAGGGUGGACGAGCUCGACGUGCUCCAGCUCGGCAUCACGCUCUGCGACCACCACGGCCGCCUCCCCGCCACCGCGAUCGCCUGCCCGGGCGGCGCCGCCGUCGCCGUCGAGAUGGCGUGGCAGGUCGGCUUCUCCGACUUCGACGUGAGCCAGUCCGCCGUCGACGCCCUCCGCGCCGCCGGCGUCGACUUGGAGCACCUGCGCGCGCGCGGCGUCCCCGCGGCGGUGUUCGGGCAAGCGCUGCGGGUGUUCGACAUCGUGUCCGCCGCCAACCUCGGGCGGCUCACCUGGGUGGCGUUCGGCGGCCUCUACGACUUCGGCUUCCUCCUCAAGAUGCUCGACGGCGGGCGUCCGCUGCCGGAGACGGCCGAGGGGUUCGCGUCGCGGCUGCGCGGGCACCUCGGCGUCGUGUACGACGCCAAGUACGUGGCGGCGCGGCUGCCGAUGGACGGCGUCGAGCUGCGCGGCGGGCUGGUGAGGGUGGCGAGGGUGCUGGGCGCGCCGGCGGCGGCGGUGGAGGAGCCCCGGCAGGCCGGCGAGAAGAGCCUGGUGGCGAGCCAGGUGUUCAUUAGGAUGACUGGGCUCUUCUUCGCCUACCACGACGUCGCCGUGCACGCCGGCAAGAUCGACGGCCUGGAAUGA